AUGGAUUUAGGUUCUUCUUUUAUCCAAUUUCCAUCAUCUUGUUUAAUAUAUUUUGCCAUACCAUCAAUCCAAGUUACAGAAUACACUUUUGCAAAUCCACCUUCACCUAUUUGUUUCGUAUCUUUAAAUCAAUCAAAUGGAAACCCAUUCAAGAAAUAUUGGACAAUAUUUACAAUUACCACAUAACGUACAUCAUAAAUCGUAUCCUUGAUAAAAUUAUCAAUAUCAUCAUUUCCACUGGUCCAUCCUUCAAUUAUGCAACGAACACAUUCUUUACACCAAAAUUUGUCAUUAUCUGGGUCAUAACAAUUU